CUACAAGCGGUCACACUAAGUAGAAUUGUUGAACUGUUAACAAAAUCACGCUCCUGAAAUUACUCAUGUUUUGGACGAGACGAAAAGUUUUAUUAAUUUAAUGUUUUUGUAUAUUGUAUUCUGUCCAUGAGCGUAUCAGAGACAGACAGAGAGGAAGGGAGAGAUACAUACUGAGAUACAGGGCCCGCAGGCAGAGAGACAGAGAGGGCGAGAGCGAGCUAAAGCGGAUGCGAGCGAGAUAGCGCGCGCUCGCCGCACGCACACAUACAUAUAUAUAGUAUCAGAAAAAACCAAGUCGAAAAAGGUCGCUUUUCGAUUUUGCGAAAACUUCAACGAUUUUUUCAUACCUAUAUAUGUACCCACACAACCGCUGCGUCAUCAAAUACGUAUACAUAAGAUGUAUGUUAAUAUCUAUGUAUGGCCUCUAAUAUAUGCCAUAUAUGCCAGUAUAUAUAUCUUAUUUCACCUACUGUACCACUUCCACAUUAUCCAUUGAUAUCUAAGCGAUAAAUACGAAAAUGUCAUUGAUUUUGUCCGAUCCGCCGGUGAUCGAUUUGGCGGAGGAUUUAGAGGAUGGUGAGAUCGACGACGAUGACGAGGAGGAAUCGCAGGUGCCGCCGCCAAAGAUCCAGGUCCAAAAAAAAAAUUCCGGUGUGGAUGAAGAUGUCCAAUUCGUAGGCUUCGAGGUGAAGAACAAACCUGGCGACGAGGAUGUCGUCUUUUUGGGAUUAUCGGCCGAUUCUGGCGGGCCACAGAACAACAAUAGCAGCAAGUCCAAGAAACCGAGGCCAUUGGAAGAUGACCACGCUAGCAGCAUUGAGAAUGCCAUAGCCAAUGCCUUGAAGAAGAAGGGCAUAGAGCCACCAAUGCCCAGGAUGCGUUCGUCCAACCACGACACGGGCGAUGGGUCCAUGGAGGGAUCCGGGGAGGGUCUAUCCGGCAGCGGGAAUCACCUCCAGGUGCCGAGUCGUAGCAGCAGGAGGAGGAAGAGGAAAAAAGAACGGGAACGUGAGCAAAAGAAGGACAAGGAGCACCAGAAACGGUCGCGUCGUGAGGAGGACGACGUGUCCGGUGGGGCGGGCGGUGCCGGUAGCGAUGACAUGGACGAAUACGAGAUGAUGAACGUGCGCGGCGGCAGCCCGCCGCCCGGAGGAGUGGCACCACCCUCGUCUGGCGGCAGUGGUGGUGGCCAGCGAUUCGGCGGUCCCGAUUGGGACAUGGGCGAUGGGCCAGCGGCUGGCGGAGGAGGAGCCGGAGGUGGAGGCUAUGACUCGCAGCACGAUGCCUACAGCAGCUACGAUUCCUAUUCCGAGGAGGAGGCGGCAUCCGGACCGGGCAUGUUGAACCAGCGGCGUCGGAUGCGAAGAGAGAGGGAGAAGGAUCAGCAGCGAGGUGGCAAUAAACGCAAGCGAAGGGAUCGUGAGCGCCACGAGGGCAUCGGAGCUGGAACAGGGAUCACCAAGCGAAAUCGUCGGGAUUCCGUGGAAGGAUUAGGAGGAGGAGGUGGCGGCGGCGGCAGCGGAGGCGGCGCAGGCGGUGGCGGUGGUAUGGAUAAAAUGGGUGGCGGCGGCGGCGGCAGCGGUCGGAUUGAGCCCCGCAAACUGGAGCUGUGCAAGUUCUAUCUGAUGGACUGCUGCGCCAAGCGGGAAAAGUGCUCCUACAUGCACAAGGAGUUCCCCUGCAAGUACUACUACCUGGGCAUGGACUGCUAUGCCGGCGACGAUUGCCUCUUCCAUCACGGCGAACCCCUUUCCGAGCAGCUGCGCAACAUUCUGCUCAAGCACAUGGAGACGGCACCCAAGGAGAUCCUGGGCGAUUUCAAGCGCAUAUCGAGGGACAUUGCCAUGGGACAGAUGAUGCGACGGCACGAGCAGUUGUGCGAGCAAUUCAAGCGGGAGAACACCUGGAGUUGCAUGAUGGGCGGUGGCGGUGGUGGUGGCGGUGGCGGUGGCGGAAUGGGCAGGCGACAGGAUCAGCAACAGCAGCACAUGCAGAUGCAACAUCAGCAGCAACAUAUGCAGCAGCAGCAGCAGCAGCAACAGAUGCAACAGCAACAGGAACAGCAGCAACAGCAGCUGCAGCUGCAACAGCAACAGCAACAACAGGCGGCUGCGGAAGUUGGUGGCUGUAUUCCCUCACUUCUGGACAUGGUCAUCAAUCCACCGCAUUCAGAGAAGAAGCGCAAGUCCCGCUGGACUGAUAAAACGGCUGCCAAGGCGGCGGCUGCAGCAGGUGGAGCAGGAGGAGCAAGUGGAGCAGGUGGAGCAGGAGCAGCUGCAUCAGAAGCGAGUAACACACCGUCGGCGGCUGUCAAAUCUUUGCCACCACACUUGGACCUGGCCAAUCUCAGUAGCGUCUUGAGUCCCGAAAACAUGGCCAAGCUGAAUAAGCUGGGCAUCACGAACCUGGAGCAGAUGCUGCAGGUGCCCUUUGGUCAACUAACCGAGGCGGGUCUGACGCUGGGCGAGAUUGGCGAGAUUCAGCGCAAGGCCGAGGAGGCCAAGCCACAGAACCAAACGGAAACGACGGCGGUCAGCACUCCAAUUGCGAAGCCGGAAACGGAGGCCAACAACAGCAAUUCCAAUAGCAAUGGUUUCAUCAUGGUGGACUAUACGCAGUAUCUGAAGGAUGCACAUGUCAGCUUUUCGGGCAACGAUCCGCUGGACGACGAUCGCGAUGAUGAAGAGCAACUGGUCAUCGACGAUGGCAACGAGUCCACCGCCGAGGAUGAGCCGCAGUCGAAGCCGACGAAGGCACCGCCGACGGCCGCUCGACAGGAUUCGGCCAGCGAGGAGGCGCCCCUGCCCUCGGUGUUCGACUUGCCCAGCUUCAUGAGCAACAUGCUGGGCCAGGGAUCGGCGACGACCAGUCAACUGCUGCCAGCCAGUGCCACGUCGCCCAACCAGGAGCUGCCGCCGUCCAUGGCUGGGGGAGAUCAUCCAGGAGCCGGCCUGAGACCAGUGCCCCGUGGCGGAGGCGGUGGCGGUGGGAUCGGGAGUGCCUCCACCAACGUGUUUAGCCGCAUUCUGUUUGGCGACAAGCAAUCGGAUCCCGAGGCCAGAGCGGCUUUCUAUCGCGACAUCAUACGCAAUCCCUUCAAGGCGCACAGCGGCGAUGGCGAUGUGGACUCCAGCAAUGAGAACUCCAACUCGAAUUCGCGCUCACUGACGCCGACGCCCACGCCGGAGCCGGGUUCGCAGUCGCCCAAGCAGGAUGAUCAUCAGGACAACGAUUUGAUGCCGGAAUUGCCGGCCAUUACGGCGGCAUUGCCGCCGACCACGCCCUCGCUCUAUGUGCGCCCCUCCAUGUAUGACUUCGAUCCAGUCAAGCUGGAGCUGCAGCGGCAGCGGGAGCCGCACCUGGAAGAGGAGCAGAUGCGUCAGCGGGACACGGACAUGCGGCUGCCGUUCGAGCCGAUGAAACACUACAUGCCCGCCACCGAGAUCGAUGCGGCCAUCUUCUCGCACACUCCGCUCCGCUGGCAGCUGCAGGAGGUGUCCGUGGAGGAGACCAGCUAUGCCCAGAUCCGGGCCAGUGCGCUGCACAAGGAGCAGCGGGAUCUGCGCGAUCCACGCUUGCGUCGCAUAUUGGGUUUGCCCGAUAUACCCGAUAAUGGUGGACUUUUGGGCUCGACAACUGCGCCGGGCGGGGGCUCCUGCCUAGCGGGUGACUCCUUUGGCCGCUCUGGGGCGAGCAUAGCCUCGCCCGAAUCGGAGACCAGUGCGUUGCGUGAUGCCACGCCCAGUUCACCGCCGCCCUCGGCGGCACUGGCCCAUCUGCCGCCGAUGAGUGUGCCGCCGCCAUCGAUGAGCGUGCCACCGCCGAAUCUGCAGCUGGAAAAGCCACCCGUGCGAACGGAUCCACGACGCGAUCCCCGGCGAGCCCAUCUUCAGGCUCAAAGUCAACAAGCCGCUGCCGCUGCUGCUGCUGCUGCUGCUGCUGCUGCUGCCGCGAAUCCCAGUCCAUCAACCACAACCAAUGCCACUGGUGGCAGCAAACAAAUCUCCGAAAUCCGCAGCCUCAUGCAGAACUCCAACUGGUACAAGAACCUGGGCAGCAACAACAAGAUCAUGGUGAAUCAGCAGCUUGCGCUGGUGUUCACCGAACUGAAGAAGUUCCAUCAGCUGCCCGAGGAUGCACCGAAAAUCUUUGAUGUCGGCUUUAUUGUGAACAAUGCCACGUUGCAACAGAUCUUUGCCAAGCUCUACAUCUUUGUGGAUGACAAUGGGCAGGUGGUGCAGAUGCCAGAGGAGAAUAAUGGAGGUGGCUGUGGUGGUGGUGGUGGAGGUGGUGGUGUUGGUGUUGCAGGAGGAUUAUCAGCAGUAGUAGGAGGAGGAGGCGGAGGUGGAGGAGGUGGAGGUGGAGGAGGAGGAGCUGGUGUGGUGCUGCCCAAUCUAUCGCAGCCACCACCGAAUCUGGCCCAAAUGCUUAGGAUACCGCCGCCAAAUAUACGCAUGCUACGCAUGUCCGGAAUGAUGAUGCAAAUGGGCAAUCUGGGACCGCCCUUCAAUCAGCCACCGCCGCGCGCUGGAUUGCUGGGAAUGCUGCCAGGCGGCAAUGGAGGAAACCAAGGAGGAGGCGGACCAGGACCAGUGCCCAAUGGCAAUCCCUUCAAUCCCUUUUCAGGCGUCGGACAGGGCAGCAAUGGCAAUGGAGGAGGAGGCGGCAUGAAUCCAAUGGGCAACAUGGGUAACAUGGGCGGCAUGCCCUUCAAGAACUUCAACAAUGGGAACAACAACGGGGGCGGCAGAGGUGGCAACUUUCCAAGCGGUGGAGGAGGAGGAGGAGGACCAGGUGGAAAUGGCAAUCGCAAUCAGCGGGGCGGCAAUCAGCGGAAUCGCAACAUUUAGGAAAGCGAAACCAAGCAGCCCAACCAAAACAAAAGACUUGUUAUGCCAAAAUGAUGUCCAUGUUAUAUGCCCCCAUGACCCUUUCACCCCCAACCAUAACCACCAACCCCCGCCCCCCCCAAGUUGUUUAUCCCCAACCAUUUUCUAUAGAAAAUCCGGGCUUCGACUGCUUUGUACAUUGUAUUCUAUAUUACUUAAACCCAAACCAUCAACCCUCGCCCUUCCCCCCCGCCCCAAUCAUUGUCACUAAUUUUUUUUGGCUAGGUGUAAGGAAAACCCUUUUAGCACUACUACGUACUGAUAAAUGUAGUUUUAGCCGACUAGAAAUCGAAAAAUCAGAGGAACAGGAACAGAAACAGAAACAGAAAAUUAAGUAAAAAUUGGUAUGCGACCCUUUUUACCGAACAUUUUUGAAUAAUGUAGGCUAAUUUGUUUAUUUGUACAUGUACUACUUGAUAAACUAGACAUACAAAACUACAAAUAAAUGACAUGUUUUAAGCAA